AUGACUCUGAAUGCCUACGAGUUCCGCGCCUACGUGCCCGUAGACCAAUUCAAGGCACCGCGUCCGAUGCUCACGAAAUUCACUCCUGGCCAUGACGUGCCCUUAAGAUCUACUGUCGCGCCAAAUAGGGCGGAAGACGUGCAUGUUGAGCUUUACUUCUCCGAGGCAAUGGACUGCGACUCGAUCACGGACAGCAUCUAUUUGAACUCAUCCACUGAGAUCGGAAAGGCCCCGACAGUGGACACCAAGACUGUCAAGUGUACCACAGUCCCGGCUGCUGAUACUUCGUUGACAGGAGAGAUUCCAGGAGUUUGGAUGUGGUCUGCGAAUCUGACUGGUGUCUACAACGGUGUUCACCGUCUGACUGUCAACAAUGUCACCAACGCCCACAAGAACGCAUCCACCGACGCCAUCGAUCACCUGCUUUUCAGAAUUGGCCAGAUUGACAACCCUAUGAUAUUCAUGACCGCCAAUUACUCCAGCAGUUUGCUCCACCAGGAGCCUAACAACGAUACUCUGUUCAUUCAGCACCACGCUGCGGGCGCAGACAUGUAUCGUUAUUCAACCAACUGGGGGACCACCUUCUCUGACUGGAAAACCUACAAGGGCGGAAACGAUACCAUCGAUCGCCUUCCCUGGUCUGGAACCAAGAAGCAGGCAUGGGAGGGUGACCAUGUUCGAGUUGAAUACUGGAGUCGGUGGACCGGCAGCAGUGAUUAUGUCCAACAGGGUGACAUCAACUGGAACAAGGGACCGCGAAGAUUCCCCCACGCAUUCUUCAAUGGACCGUACAACCAAUACGGCUAUGAUGCCGGUCUUGAUAACGAAGUCAAACUGAGCGAAAAAGACGAGGAAUGGACCUACCACUUCACCUCAGAAUGGCCUGCGGUUGGACAGAUCAACAUCUGGGGUGUUAACCCCGACGGAAAGCCCGAUCAGAGUUGGGUUCUGGGAGAUGUCAACAAUGACAGUAUUCUGGAUCGCAUGCCACCCUCAUCGCUCUCAAGCACUUUGAUCAACAUCACCCAGCCACCACCUUCGCCAUAUCUGGCCUGGAGGAUCUCUGUCGAUGAUGGAACUCUUAAAUUCAGACUUUUUCCGGCUGGAAGACAAAGUACGCAGAUCGUUAUGUAUGUUUUGUUCUGGAUUGUGCCUCUCUUGACUGCCUCGGCUUGUGUCUAUAUCUUCAUGGUCUCGUUCUACAAGGUCAAAUUCAAUGAGGUCGGCAUCAGCGAAAAGCGCAGCCUCGCUCCGAUGGUCAUGUUGAAAAAUUUCAAGUCGUUCGCCAGGGGCGAGAAGAGAGAUUAUUCGCCGGGCCCUCUUACCCGUUUGGCCAACAAGUCAGGGUUCAUGAACAGCUCGUCGGCACUGGCAAAGGCUUCGAACGCAGAAAAGCGACGAAUGGUUCUGAUCGCUACCAUGGAGUAUGACAUCGAAGACUGGGCUAUCAAGAUCAAGAUUGGUGGUCUUGGUGUGAUGGCACAACUCAUGGGAAAGACACUUGGACAUCAAGACCUGAUUUGGGUCGUUCCUUGUGUCGGUGGUGUUGACUACCCAGUCGACCAGGUCGCAGAGCCAAUGGAAGUCACUAUCCUGGGAAGCCUUUACCAGGUGCAGGUCCAAUACCACGUCCUCAAGAACAUUACCUACGUUCUUCUGGAUGCGCCCGUGUUCCGUCAGCAAUCCAAAUCCGAGCCUUAUCCGGCACGCAUGGAUGACUUGGACAGUGCUAUCUACUAUUCGGCUUGGAAUCAGUGUAUUGCCCAGGCAAUCAAGCGUUUCCCGAUCGAUCUCUACCACAUUAACGACUAUCACGGAUCCGUGGCCCCUCUUUAUCUCCUGCCUGAGACGAUCCCUGCUUGUCUUUCGUUGCAUAAUGCUGAGUUCCAGGGGCUGUGGCCUAUGCGUACUGUUAAGGAGCGUCGCGAGGUCUGCUCCGUGUUCAAUUUGGAAGAAGAGACUGCCAGGCGCUACGUGCAAUUCGGUGAGGUAUUCAACUUGCUCCACGCCGGCGCAAGCUAUCUCCGUGUCCACCAGCAAGGAUUUGGAGCUGUCGGAGUUUCCAAAAAAUACGGUAAACGAUCAUAUGCUCGUUACCCGAUCUUCUGGGGUCUGCGCAAGGUCGGAAAUCUCCCCAAUCCUGACCCAUCGGACGUUGGCGAGUGGACGAAGCAGCCGAUCAAGGAAGAAGAUAUCACAGUUGAUUCUGAAUAUGAAGCUGGCCGGGCCGAGCUGAAAAGACAAGCUCAGGAGUGGGCAGGGCUUGAGCAAAACCCUGAGGCUGAUCUCCUUGUCUUCGUUGGUCGUUGGUCGAUGCAGAAGGGCGUGGAUCUCAUUGCCGAUGCCAUGCCUGCCAUUCUGGAGGCUCGUCGCAACGUGCAACUGAUCUGCAUCGGUCCGGUCAUUGACCUGUACGGUAAAUUCGCUGCCCUUAAGCUUGGUCGCAUGAUGGAAAUCUACCCCGGUCGGGUCUUUUCCAAGCCCGAGUUCACAGCUCUUCCACCUUUCAUCUUCUCUGGAGCUGAGUUUGCGCUGAUCCCAUCCCGUGACGAACCCUUCGGCCUUGUGGCAGUCGAGUUCGGGCGAAAGGGAGCCUUGGGUAUUGGAGCGCGUGUGGGUGGUCUUGGUCAAAUGCCAGGCUGGUGGUACAAUGUGGAAUCGACCUCUACAUCUCACCUCCUGAUCCAGUUCAAACUGGCCAUCGACGCUGCCCUCAACUCUAAGACUGAGGUUCGCGCGAUGAUGCGGGCCCGGUCUGCGAAGCAGCGGUUCCCUGUUGCCCAGUGGGUUGAGGAUCUCGAAAUCCUGCAGUCAACUGCCAUUGGAGUUCACACCAAGGAGGCUUCCAAAGGUCACAGUCGGCCACUGACCUCGGGUUCCUCGACUCCUCUCGGAACAAAUGGCUCGCCCCCUCUGGGACUAACUCCAGCUUCGUCCCCGGGCAUUUCCAGAGACAGCAGUUACUCAAACUUCAACCAGAUCACUGAGCUUCGCCCGCCAAGAAAGAACAUCUACAGCAGGGAGAUCAGCCCCUCGGAGAUCGAGAAGCCAACUUCUGGAUUGAGCCGAUCUUUGUCCCUUGGAGUUCGCUCGGGCCCUGGUCAUCUGGAGGCUCGUGGUCGGCAGCGCAGAGGCCACAAGGAUGCCCAAGACACAGAUGCCAGCGACAUUGAAGGAAACGCGGAAGAAAGCAGUGACGAGGACAGAGCACACAGCGUGUAUGCCGAUGACGAGUACACCAUCUCCCCUUCCCACCUUGCGGACGCAGAAGGGGGCCCAUCAUCUCUCAAACGUCGUCCAAGCCAAGAGUCCAUGCGGCCUCGAUUUGCCCUCCCACUCAACUCUCCCGGGAGCCCACUGGGCGCUGGUCAGCUCUCACCUCCUCCUCGGCCAUUCCUUGGAGGAAACCGGAACAGCAGCACAUCUGUCCUGUCACUUGACUCCGUAGUCGGCGACAAGAAAGACUUCAAGUUGCAGAAAGUCGAUCCAUUCUUCACGGAUAGCAACGGCGAGUACUAUCACAACUUUGAGCAAAAGCUACAGGGACUCAACGGCUCCAACUCGGAGAGCCAGUACUGUAUUGAGGAAUUCCUCGUCAAGAGUGAGCAGGAUUGGUUUGACAGGUUUCGAAACGCAAAAUUGGGCCGAAACAAGUCACCUGCCGGUUCUGUCUUCAACCACUCUCGGAUCCACAGUGGUGCUUACAGUGAAGCUCCACCCACGAUCUCCUCCUUUACUGAGGAAGGCAUUGCAACAUCAACCGACGGCGACUCCGCCACUUCUGAUGACGAGUUCCUUUUGGGCAAGGACUAUGUCCCCCCCGACUGGGCUGAAGAAAUGGAUGCAAAUCAAGUCUUCCUGGCGAUGGGUCAGAUCAUCGCUGCGAACUCUUACCAGAUCACUCUUUUAACUGGCGAAGUUGGUGAGAGUGCGGAGAAGCUUUACGGCAUUGCAACCACAUACGCAGUCACAUCUGUCUGCUGGUGGAUGCUGUAUCGGUACUUCAAAUCAGUCGUUACCCUGUCUACACCCUGGUUCUUCUACGGCCUGGCUUUCCUUCUUAUCGGUUCUGCCCACUGGGAGCAGAAUUCCUUCCGCCGUGGAUGGAUUCAAAACAUUGGAAGUGGCUGCUACGCGGCGGCUUCAUCCAGUGGUUCUAUCUUCUUCGCGUCGAACUUUGGCGAUGAAGGCGGUGCUCCAGUGGAGACUUGGAUCUUCCGCGCUUGUCUGAUUCAGGGGAUUCAGCAGGCAUAUGUCAUCGCGCUCUGGUACUGGGGCUCGACGCUGGCGAAGGCAUCAAGUCAAGGACUUUUGAACUCCGAUAGUGCCCUUUCGAACACCUGGAAGAUGACUGCAAUUUGUUAUCCUAUCGCAAUGCUCCUCUGGGGAAUCGGUCUUCUCUUGGUUUUCGGUCUCCCCAACUAUUACCGCCAGAAGCCAGGCAAGGUUCCCUCCUUCUACCAGUCUAUUUUCCGCCGGAAGAUUGUCCUGUGGAAUUUUGUCGCCGUUAUCCUCCAGAACUUCUUCCUCAGCGCUCCUUACGGUCGGAACUGGAGCUUCCUCUGGAAUUCGAAUCACGCUUCUCGCUGGCAAAUCGCUAUCCUGUGUAUCAUAUUCUUCGGUUUGGUCUGGUGCGUCUUCUUGUACGUUGUGAGCAGGUUUUCCAAGCGUCAUAGUUGGUUCCUCCCUAUAUUCGCCUGUGGCCUGGGAGCACCCCGUUUUCUCCAGAUCUGGUGGGGUAUCUCCGGCAUCGGUUACUAUUUGCCGUGGGUAGCAGGUGGAUAUACAGGCGGAGCACUUGCAUCACGGAGUCUCUGGCUUUGGCUGGGUGUUUUGGACUCGAUCCAAGGCCUUGGAUUCGGUAUCAUUCUUCUGCAGACAUUGACACGAGUACACAUGUGCUUUGCUCUCAUUGCCUCGCAGGUCAUUGGAUCUGCGGCAACCAUCUGCGCAAGAGCCUUUGGACCCAACAGGAUUGGACCAGGGCCUAUUUCACCGGACCUAUCCAAAGGAGCGGAUCAGUUGGCCAAUGGUUGGUUUUGGGUGGCUUUGUCCUGCCAGUUACUUGUUUGUGCGGGAUUCUUACUAUUCUUCCGGAAAGAACAACUUUCCAAGCCUUAA